AGACAGCACGAAGCUGUGUGCAGGGUAUCUACCUCGGCUAGAACACUUGUCCGACUUGUCUUUUGUUGUAGUUAAAGACGAAGGCCUAAGCAACAUAAUCGCUGAAACGUGUGGCAAUUACAUGAAACUGGCUAAAAUUGAAUGCCAAACAGCUGCUGAUUUUCUGUGUGUCUCGGCGUGUAAUUCGCAAAUUCAAUUAACCAAGGGGCCCGGACACGUGCCGUGUCUAUAAAAACAACAAACUACUCGAGUGAAGAGCACACUCAGCAGCACUGAGAUGCUUUACCCGCACGCCUGGCAGCUCUGUCUGGCCGUCUUGGGCCUGGCGCAGGCGUGGAGCACUAAGCACGAUGCCAGCCCGGAUCGGGAGGAGGAACUGAUGUCCAUACGCUGGCAGCUGGGCUACGAGCGCUGGCAGCGUCUGUGCGAGAAGUAUAAGCUGCCCGAGGAGCAACAGGAGCAGCCAGCGGUGAGCACACGCAUCGCACGCGGCGAACUGGCCGAGCCGGGCAUGUUUCCCUACCAGGCGGGACUGCUACUCCGGCUGCGCCAGGGCGACGGCCGGCAGUGCGGCGGCUCGCUCAUCAGCCUGGAGUUUGUGCUGACCGCGGCGCAUUGCCUGCUCGAUGCGGAGAGUGCAGGCGUCUAUCUGGGCAGCAAUACAUAUGCAGAUGCCGCAGUUGCCGGUCAGGUGUUUGAGGUGCAACAGCCGAACUUCAAGGUUUAUCCCGGCUAUCCGGGCUUUGGGGUGAUUGCUUUGGCGCUGGACUUUAUGCAGCCGCCCCUGUUGGAGGGUCAAUUGGUGAGCACUUCCGGCUGGGGCGCCCUGGGGGAUGAUGAUGAGCUGAAUAACCAGUCACCGUUCGAGGGGGAGUCCAAUUUGCUGCACUAUGUGGAUGUGCCGGUGCUGGAGCAGGAGCUAUGCAUUUGCAACUUUCUGCCCGGUUUGGUUAGCACGCGACGUCACAUUUGCACGGACGGGCGAAAUGGACGCGGCAGCUGCCAGGGAGAUUCCGGUGGUCCAUUGGUCUAUCUGUGGCGCAACAUCAGCUAUUUGAUUGGAGUAACCGCAUUUGGCAGCACAACGGGCUGUGAGCUGGGCGCGCCGACUGUCUACACGCGCGUCGCUGCCUAUUUGGACUGGAUUGCGGGCGAAACGGCCAUGGGCGUGGGCGUGGCAAGCGAACAGAGCAGCAGUCAACAGUCAACUAAAUGCAAUUAACGCCUAAUUGUUGGCCAUUAAUUGCUUAACAAUAUAGCCAGGACUCUGGCUGGCUGGCUGGCUGGCAUGUCCUGACAAUAAAACCAAUUAGUUUAACACUAACAAUGAAA